CCGCGCCCAGUACAAGACUCCAUUCUCUCCUCUCUCUGCUCCUCUUCCGGCUUCCUCUUCUUCCUCCUCCUCUCCUCCGAUUCCUCUACCAGCGGAAGCAGCGAAAGGGAGGAUGGGGCGAGCCCUGACGCGCCGGACAGCGGAGACUCUCCCGCAGGUGAGCUCAGGUGCUUCCGUUGCCUCUGAGGGUUGCAAGAAGUUGAGCUGCUUGCCAAGACUGGGGAAGAAAGGAUUGGAGUUCUUCUUGUCCAUUGAUAUCGACUACUGCCUUUGGGGGGAGGGGCCAUGGAGGAAGUGGAGGUGGCCAACAGAGCGGCGGUGGAGAGCUGCCACAGGGUGCUGUCCUUGCUCUCCCAGCAGCAGGACCCGGCCCUGCUCAAGAGCAUAGCUUCAGAGACUGGUGAGGCUUGUGCCAAGUUCAGGAAAGUGGUCUCCAUCCUUAACAAUGACGGUGGCGGAGGGCAUGCUAGAGGCAGGUUCUCCAGGGGAAGCAAGCCUGUGGAGUUGAUGAGGCAGAAGGGCCUCUUGGAGAGCAGCAGCAACCCCCCAUUGGGGAUGCUGAUGUCCAGUAGUACAGCAGCAACUCCAUCAGCAUCUGCUGUUUCUUCCGUGCCACAAUUGCGGGCUCAGGUUGGUGCGCCGCAGACGGAUUUGCACAGGCUGGAUUUGGUCAGCUCAAGCAGCAAGAGCGCACACCAGUUUGGUGCUCCCAAGAUGGUCCAGCCAUUGUCUGUGCAGUUCCAAUUUGGUGCCAUUGCACAUAGGUACCCAUUUCAGCAGCAGCAGAAAUUACAGGCUCAGAUGUUCAAGAGGAGCAACAGUGGAACCAGCUUGAAGUUUGAUAGCCCCAGCGGCACUGGGUCGAUGUCAUCCGCGAGGUCCUUCAUGUCGUCCAUGAGCAUGGAUGGCAGUGUGGCUAGCUUGGACAGGAAGCCGCCAAUGCAUCUGACUGGUGGCCCGACUGCAAGCGAGCCAUUGAAUGUGCACCAUGGUGCUCGUAAAAAGCGGUGUAUGGGCAGGGGGCAUGGAGACAAGUGUACCGUAGAUAACGGCUGCCAUUGCUCAAAAAAGAGACGGAAAUUGCGAAUUAAGAGGUCAAUUAAAGUGCCUGCCAUUAGCAACAAAAUAUCCGAUAUACCUCCAGAUGAAUACUCAUGGCGGAAAUAUGGACAGAAGCCAAUUAAGGGUUCCCCACAUCCAAGGGGUUACUACAAAUGCAGCAGCGUCAGGGGCUGCCCAGCGAGGAAGCAUGUUGAGCGGUGCGUGGAUGAGCCGGCGAUGCUUGCCGUGACAUACGAAGGCGAGCACAACCAUAACCGACUGCCGACGCAGUCAGCCCUGACCUAGGUGACCCAUGUCGAUUGUUGCUUUCCAUUGAGAGAACCCUCUUUUCAAAGAUACGGCCGUAACGGUCAUGCAAAAGUGGAACUAGGACUCACGAAUCGCAGAAGUAGGAGCAACAAACAUGAGGCCAUUUGGAAUCUGAUGAGCUGCCCUGGUGGCCCUUUCGCAGCUACAUGCUGUUACGGUUUCGGUGUCCAAAGUGGGGGCGUCCAAGCUGUUCUUCUCCUUGGCGGUGGGCUGUGACAAACCAACUUGAGAGAUGGUAUGGAGGGAAGAACAUGCUGUUAGAUAGUGACAGCUGAGCUUUGCUCAAGAAGGGGGUGUGUUUGAAUUAGUUGAUAGGAACAUCUGAAGAAAGGAGGUGAACUAGUAGCACUGUGCAAAAGAUUGGAAAAGGAUGGCAAGAUUGGCAUUUAGCGUGCACAAGUUCACUUGCAAUGACUUUGCCUCUGUAUGUUGCUUUUGCUUUAUUGAAAGAUGAGAUUUCUUUUGGCACAAGAAUCAUCCCAGGAUUAAAGGUGUUCUUGCUGACAAAUUUGACACCUUACGACCAUGUAUGUUUCUUUGACAGGUGUAAUAAGUUGAUGUGAUUUCUCAGCCA